AGUCGUUUGCCCGCGGGUGCUGUCUGACGCUGUCCAGAAAAGCAUAGAGGCACAUAAGGAGAACGAUAACAGAGACAACAUGGCACCGUCCUCUGCUUGCACGGUCGUGUGUUGCCGCCGCAGCCGCGGCUGGUUAGCACUUUUACUGGCGAUGUUUCUACAUCUAGGAGUAAACGCCGAUCGACCGACUAAGUCAGCAGUCUACUACAUGGACGAUCUGUGCGGAUCGGCGCACACCGCUUCAAUCACCGUGGGAGUGGCGGGCCUCGAGUCGGCAGUGGUGUUGCGCGCCACUAAGCACCACAUCGACCACGACUUCAACUGCACGGUGAACGUGACCACGAGGGUGGACCGGAGCUUGCUGUACAGCAUCUCGUUCCUGGACCUGCCCAUGACGUGCCUGUCUUACCUGGAGAUGUGGGCGGACCGACGGGACGCGCAGCGCUUCUGCCGCAACGUGGACGACCCUCGCGGCAAAGAGGCACACUGGGUGACCGCGCCGCAGCUGCAGGUGCAGCUGGUCACAUCGCGCCACGACUGGAACUACGAACGCAAGGCCUUCGAGAUCGUGCUCACCUCGUAUAGGCAGAGCCUGCAUUUCGACGGCUGCUACAAGGGUGAGUACCAGUGCGGCAACAAGUUCUGCAUCUGGCGGGAACUCACUUGCAACAACGAGAAUAACUGCGGCGACCUAAGCGACGAGAAUUGCAUGUCAAAGACCCUGGCGGUGGCCGUGACCAUCGCUGCUGGAAUCACCGUCGUUGUGCUCAUUUUUGCCUUGGUGGCUUACAUCAGGAAGCGUGCUCAAGUGGGCCCACAUGACUUGUCGCGCACCACGAGCUCCCAGUCGGUCCACAGCGCCGGAUCGGGCAUUUCCGGCGCCUACGACACCACCUACCGCCCUCUUGCGGGCAAGCACGUACUCAUGGAACCGCUCUUGGAGGUGCCCAGCGUACAUGUCUCUGGCGUUCCCAGCAGGGCGUCGUCAGAGGACAACGUCCCGCAGCAGGCACAGGGCAGCGAGAAGCGACUGAGGCCGUGUAUACGCUACGACCGGUCCGUGUCCGACCCGAUGUGAAAGACACACACACAUGUGCUCUUUGGUCAACGAGAGUGGUGUUAGCCAUAGAGUUUCUUAAUAUUACACUAGGGGGAAAUCUUGCGCUAGUGUCUAUGAGAGCUGCAGUACACGACGCUUCAGCCAGCAUGGGAACAUGCAUAGUUUUUUUAUUUGCCUAAAUUCUGUUUUUCCGGUUCCGGAUGACCUGCAGCCGCUUUGUUACAAGACGCAGUUCACCAGUAGUUCAGCAGCCCCACUUCAAUACCUUAACCCUUUCAGACUCACCAAUUCAAAUAAUCUCACAAGGUUCACAAGGAGCCGUUCUUUUAUACGAAAAAAAGUUAAAACACGACAAUAAACAAAGCCACAUGUGCGUUCGAAGCCACAAGCACGAAAACUAGGCAAAUCCGUCUACUGCCCAUCAUUCCCAUGGUGGCUGAACGACCACAGCGCCACAGUUCCCUCUAGUAAUUAUGUAGGAAACUCUAUGGUGUUAAUAGGUGGAUAGCAAAAUGACGUCUUGUUGGUGACAACAAAGGCAGGGGUGUAUAAUUGUACAGUACGGUCAACUUUUAAAUGGAGCACCCAGCUGGUAAGUGCGCGGAAAAACAAGUUGGCUUCAUUUGAGAAUAAAUCUGCAGACAGCAAUGAAGAAUACGGGCGUGACGCAGCACAGGGCGAGAAUUAACUGUAGUCUGGAGAGUUGUGGUUUGUGAAACUCGUGUUAUAUAUGCACGUGGAGAAAAAAAAAAACAGCAUGGCAGCAAAGCGUGGCACACCAACCAAUAACAAGAUACUCUGUCGCCUUGAAAAAUAAUCUUAAUGCAUGAAGAAUUCGCAUAUAAGAUUUGGCAAGUACCUUUUAGUGGCGAAAUAUUGAAGGUGCACCAUGUAUAUAAGAUGUCUUACAUGUGUACUAUCGUUUUAAGCACUAACUCUACGUUCGUAUUCUCGAGAGCGGCGUCGAUCAUUCUGGAAGGGCUAGGCUGUUUGUUUAUGUAACAUUAGAGAUUAUGUGACUUGUCGAAGUGUUUUUUAACGAGUACAUAAAUGCAGUGUUAAUGUUCAAAUUUUCACUUGGAAGGUAGUGAGCAUGCAGCCAUUUUAUUUUGUUCUUCAUUUUUUAAAGCUCAUGCAUUCAUCACGACCAAGCUGGUGAUAACGCGAAUAGUAACGGCUGAGAUUAGAAAUUACACGAUGGCACUUACACGGUAAUUGUUGUAUGUGUAAUUUCAUAUCUCUUUUCAAUAACAUUCGGCACCCAAAUACAAAUGGCCGUUCCCUUUAAAAGCAGACCGUGUGCUGGUCACAGACAGUGAUAAGUGCUACCAAGCCUGUUAUGUACCCUGUCGCUGCCGCACUUACAGCACCCUAAUACGUAAGGACACGUGUACGUUUUGUAGAGUGCACAUGUGUCCUCUGUGUUGUUUAUAUUCAGCGCACCGUGUUGUACCCUUUACUUUGUGUGUUCGUGUGUCUGUGCUUGUGUUAAGAUACAUUUGGAGACACGUAUUUUAAUGUGUAUAUCGAGACACACACGACUAGUCGAUCUGUGCACAGUGUGCGAACAGCGCAGCUGUUACGCUGCGUUGGUGUUCAUCAUUAAUGUCAUACGUUGUGCCUUACUUUCACAGGUGCUUGGAGUGACUUUGUACUGUUUUUUCAAUAACUGCUUGACAGUGAAAAACGAUUUCAUGGCAUUUAACGAGCGCAGGAAAAUAAAGCCUCAUACAGAGGAAAUUAUUGUCAUUAUUAUGUUGUUUCCUGAGCCAUUUAGAAUCUCUUACAGGAAAAAUUAACUAGCUCGAACAGCUCCCCAAGUUUGUGUAGCAUUUCCGUGUUCAUUUCGGAACUUUGGGAAUAGUAUUCUGCAGUUUAGUUCACAGAUUACAUCCGUAAAGACAUGAAGAUGACAUCAAUAGUGUUUUACAGUCGCGCACAUC